ACCCACCUUUUCGAUCGAUCCCCUCAAUUUACUCUCAUUUCUUUUUCUACUUGAAAUGAUUAUUUUGGAGGUUAAAAGAAGGAAAACUUAGAUUCUACUACUACUACGAACUAGACCACAGAGUAUCGAGAAAGAGAGAUCCUACUUUUACUAUUCAUAUGGGAUGACCUUAUGACCCAGAAGAAGAACUGAAAGAAAUAGCAGCUUGGCUAACCACAAGAAACUAGAAACCAUAGCAAGCAAGCUAAUAAAAUUAAUAAGCUUUGUAGAUGGCCGCCGCCUCAUCGUCCACACCUUUUUUUGGAACCAGGGAAGAAAAUCAAAACCAGAUGAUGCAAGUACAAUCAUCCACCGCUACACCCACUUCGUCAACUGCUCCAACCACUGCACCUCAGAAGAGGAAGAGAAAUCACCCUGGAACAUCAUCAGAUCCAGAUGCGGAAGUGAUAGCACUAUCUCCCAAGACUCUAAUGGCAACAAACAGGUUCAUUUGUGAGGUAUGCAACAAAGGGUUCCAAAGGGAGCAAAAUUUACAGCUCCACAGAAGAGGACACAAUCUGCCUUGGAAGCUAAGACAAAAGACAACAAAAGAAGUGAAGAGGAAAGUUUAUCUUUGCCCAGAACCCACAUGCGUCCACCAUGACCCUUCUAAGGCACUUGGCGACCUCACUGGCAUCAAAAAGCAUUACUCAAGAAAACAUGGUGAGAAGAAAUGGAAGUGUGAGAAGUGUUCCAAGAGGUAUGCCGUGCAAUCGGAUUGGAAAGCUCAUUCAAAGACUUGCGGCACUAGAGAGUACAGAUGUGAUUGUGGCACUCUUUUCUCAAGACGUGAUAGUUUUAUUACUCACCGGGCCUUUUGCGAUGCACUGGCUCAAGAGAGUGCUAGACACCCCACCAACUUAAGCACAAUGGGCAGUCAUCACCUCUUUGGAGGUAAUCAUCACAUGAGUUUAGGGUUAUCCCAUGUUGGUUCUCAAAUUCCGCCACUGCAAGACCAGAAUCAAGUUCAACCGUCGAGAAAUCUGUUGAGGUUGGGAAGUACAUCUGGAGCGGUAAAGUUCGAUCACCUUAUUUCUCCAUCAAACCCUUCUUCAUUACAGAACAUGCCAUCGUCUAUGUUCUUCAUGGCAGAGGCAGCAAACCAAGGCUUUCAUCAAGACCAUCAAUCUCACCAUGGGCACGGAUUAUAUCCCAACAAACCAUUGCAUGGGCUUAUGCAACUUCCUGACCUUCAAGGAAGUACAAACAAUUCCCCCACUUCAUCCAAUUUUUUCAAUUUAGGCUUCUUUUCCAAUACCAGUGCUACAAGCAGCAUAAGUACCAGUGAAAUAGGUGGCGGUCAAGGGCCCGCAUUGUUCCCUUCUAACAUGGGAGAUCAGGUUGGUUCAGGAAUGUCCUCUCUUUAUACCACUUCAAUGCAACAUGAGAACAUCUCUCCACAUAUGUCGGCCACUGCAUUGCUUCAAAAAGCUGCUCAAAUAGGUUCAACUACAAGCAACAACACUACUUCCACUUUGCUAAGGGGAUUAGGAAGCUCAUUAUCAGGUGGGACUAAAUCCGACAGACCUGUUUUCUCCCCUAACUUCGGCAGUAAUUUCGAGGGUGGCAAUGGAAGUGAAACCCUACGAUCACAUAUGGAGGAUGAUAGCAAUCUGCAAGGAUUAAUGAACUCACUUGCAGCAAAUGGUAACUCUUCCAUUUUCGACGGCGGCCCAAGCCAUGGGCAAGAUAACAACUUCGGAGGGUUCAAUGGAAGUGGGUUGACACUAGAACCGCAAAGCAGUAAUGCUAACUUUUGCAACGUUAACGAGGCAAAGUUGCAUCAAAAUCUCGCCGCAGGCAUAGGCGGGACUGAUAAAUUGACCUUGGAUUUUCUAGGCGUUGGAGGAAUGGUUGGAAACAUUAGUGGUGGUUUUUCGCAGAGAGAACAACAUGGGAUCAACAUUAGCUCCUUGGAACCUGACAUGAAAUCAUCAGUUCAACCAAAUACUGAACACUUUGGUCAUGCAAAACUUGUCAAAGCGCCUAGGCAAGCGUAGCUCUGUAGGGUUUAAUAUGUAGGGAAUUAAAAAAGAAAACAACUCUUUUCUUGCUUUUUUUUUUCUUUUUAUUUUAUGGCAUGAACUAGGGUUUCAUUCAUAAACUGUUUUAAUGCUUACUCUAGCUAAGAUUAAUAAAGUUAUUUUCUUUUGCA